AAAGAUUGCGGUGGGCAACCCGGUUUGCCGGGAAACCGGAAGCAUUUCAGAGCUAAUGUUUCAGGGGGCGGAGGACGACUUUAGAUGAUCAUUUGGCGGGAGUUUCUGUAAGCUUAAUCGAGGAGGAAGUUGGGGAGUGUUUCAUAAAGGACUGGGCCAUGGAUGCAAAACGGAGGAAUGGUGGACCAGUGCUGGGAGGAGCUUCCCAGGCAAAGAGGAGCAAAGCGGGGGGUGAAUGGGACGACGGCCCCUCCGUCUUUGAAGAGGAGCUCGCCAUGCUGGACGAAGUAGAGAUAGAGGGGGAGUGCAGGGAGGGGCAGGCGGGGCACGACGUCAUUCCCGUUGGUGACCUUUUUUCCACGGAUAUCAAUCCUCGCUGGGCGCGGCCCUCGGCCUUACCCCUCAAUCCUGGCACCGACGGGCUGAUAUUUCAGCAGAUUGAGCUGGAUUACUAUCUAGGAUCGCCAGUAGCGGGAAUGCCGGGCCAGUCCCAGGGAAGCGUGCCUAUCAUCCGCAUGUUUGGCGUGACGGACCGCGGGAACUCCGUGUGCUGCCACGUGCACGGCUUCGCUCCAUACUUCUACAUCCCGGCACCCGCUGGUUUCUGCAGCGACCACCUGAGUGACUUCCAGAAGGAGCUAAAUGCAGUCGUCCUGAAGGACAUGCGAUCGAAUAAGGAUAACCUGUCCGUAACUGUGCUGGCUGUGGACAUCACGCGGCGAGAAAGCAUGUAUGGAUUCCAUGGAAACCGCCCCAUGGACUUCCUGCGCAUCACUAUGGCGACGCCCCGUCUCAUUGCCCCCGCCAAAAGGCUGCUGGAGCAAGGCUUUAAGUUCGGGUCCUUUCCCAUGCAGAACUACCCCUCGUACGAGGCCAACAUCGACUUCGAGAUCAGGUUCAUGGUGGACAGUGACAUGGUCGGCUGUUCCUGGGUGGAGCUUCCUGCAGGAAAGUACCGUCUGAGAGAAGAAAGGGGUCCAGGGGAGACAAACCCCAGACAGCCCAGCAAGGUGUCCCUGUGCCAGUAUGAGGUGGACGUGGCCUGGUCGGAACUCAUCAGCCACGCAGCCGAGGGUGACUGGCAGAGGAUCGCCCCCCUGCGUGUACUCAGCUUCGACAUCGAGUGUGCAGGGAGGAAAGGCAUCUUCCCGGAGCCCGACACAGACCCCGUGAUCCAGAUCGCCUCCAUGGUGCAGCGGCAGGGCGAGAAGGAGCCCUUCAUCCGCACGGCCUUCACCCUGAACUCCUGCGCCAGCAUAGUGGGAUCCCAGUUGCUCUGCUUCACCCAGGAGAAGCAGCUACUGCAGAGUUGGGCGGAGUUCGUUCGGACCGUGGAUCCUGACAUCAUCACCGGCUACAACAUCCAGAACUUUGACCUGCCCUAUCUGUUGAACCGAGCGGCUGCCCUCAAGGUGCACCUGUUUCCCUACCUGGGCCGGGUUCGAGGGAUCAAGUCUGUGCUGAAGGAUUCCAGCUUCCAAAGCAAGCAGAUGGGAAGGAGGGAGAACAAGACUGUUAACAUGGAGGGUCGGGUGCAGUUCGAUCUGCUGCAGGUGCUGCUGAGAGACUACAAGCUGCGCUCCUACACCCUGAACGCUGUCAGCUUCCACUUCCUGCAGGAGCAGAAGGAGGAUGUGCAGCAUUCCAUCAUCACAGACCUGCAGAACGGGAACGAGCAGACGCGGCGGCGCCUGGCGGUGUACUGCCUGAAGGACGCCUACCUGCCCCUGCGACUGCUGCAGAAGCUCAUGUGCGUCAUCAACUACAUGGAGAUGGCGCGUGUGACCGGCGUGCCGCUCACGUACCUGCUGUCCCGCGGCCAGCAGAUCAAGGUGGUGUCGCAGCUCCUGCGCCAGGCAAUGAAACAGGGGCUGGUGAUGCCAGUGGUGAAGACUGAGGGGGGCGAGGACUACACAGGAGCCACAGUAAUCGAGCCCGAGAAGGGGUACUACAAAGUUCCCAUAGCAACGCUGGACUUCUCCUCCCUGUACCCGUCCAUCAUGAUGGCUCACAACCUGUGCUACACCACCCUGCUGCAGAAAGGAAGCGUGGAGCGGCUGGGCCUGUCCUCGGACGACUUCAUCAAGACCCCCACAGGUGACUGCUUCGUGAAGAGCACGAUGAGGAAGGGCCUUCUGCCCGAGAUCCUGGAGAACCUACUGACAGCUAGGAAAAGGGCUAAAACUGAGCUGAAGAAGGAGACAGACCCCUUUAAGAAGCAGGUGCUGGACGGCCGCCAGCUAGCCUUGAAGAUCAGCGCCAAUUCUGUGUACGGAUUUACAGGGGCCCAGGUGGGCAAGCUGCCCUGCCUGGAGAUCUCGCAGAGCGUCACAGGUUUCGGCCGGCAUAUGAUUGAAACAACGAAACAGCUGGUGGAGUCGAGAUACACGACUGACAACGGUUACAAAGCCAAUGCCAAGGUGAUCUACGGGGACACUGACUCAGUGAUGGUCAAACUGGGGGUGUCCACGGUGCAGGAAGCCAUGGAUCAGGGGCGCGAAGCAGCCGAGUGGGUCUCCAGCCAUUUCGUGGCACCCAUCAAGCUCGAAUUUGAGAAGGUCUAUUACCCGUACCUGCUGAUCAACAAGAAGCGCUACGCUGGCCUGUAUUUUUCCUCUAACCCUGACACCCACGACAAAAUGGACUGCAAAGGCAUAGAGACUGUGCGCAGAGACAACUGUCCCCUGGUGGCCAACCUCAUCAACACCUGCCUGCAGAACAUCCUGAUCGAGAGGGACCCCCAGGGGGCGGUAGAGCAUGCCAAGGAGGUGAUCUCUGACCUGUUGUGUAACCGAAUCGACAUCUCGCAGCUGGUCAUCACAAAGGAGCUGACCAGGAGCGCUCAGGAGUACGCGGGCAAACAGGCCCAUGUGGAGCUGGCGGAGAGAAUGAGGAAGCGGGAUCCAGGAAGCGCGCCGAACCUGGGAGACCGAGUCCCGUACGUCAUCAUCAAAGCAGCCAAAGGUGUCGCCGCGUACAUGAAAUCAGAGGACCCCAUCUAUGUGCUGGAGAACAACAUCCCCAUCGACACGCAGUACUACCUGGAGCAGCAGCUGUCCAAACCCCUGCUCCGCAUCUUCGAGCCCAUCCUGGGGGAGAGCAAGGCGGAGGGCAUCUUACUCAAGGGAGACCACACGCGCUGUAAGACCGUGCUCACCUCCAGGGUUGGUGGCCUCAUGGCCUUUGCCCAGAAGAGGAGCACCUGCAUUGGGUGCCGUGCCACACUAAAGACAGAUGCUGCCGUCUGCGACUUCUGUAAGAACCGGGAGUCUGAGCUGUACCAGAAAGAGAUUUCGCACCUCGGCGCCCUGGAGGAGCGCUUCUCACGCCUGUGGACGCAGUGUCAGCGCUGCCAGGGCUCCCUCCACGAGGACGUGCUCUGUACCAGCCGAGACUGUCCCAUUUUCUACAUGAGGAAGAAGGUACAGAAAGACCUGGAUGACCAGGAGAAGCUGGUGUCCAGGUUUGGCUGGUGAAGUGUGGACAGCAUGCUGGGGCUACUUGUAAAGUUUUGGUUGUUUUGUUAGUCAAUGCAAAAUAUCAAUAAAAUGUUUGUUAAAUAA